AUGGCAGCGCCGCGGGUGAAGCGCGACGAUCUGCAAGGCCUGCGUGGCGUCGCCAUCGCCGCCGUCAUUCUAUUCCAUUUCUUCCCUGCAUUAUUCCCAAAUGGAUAUGUUGGAGUUGAUCAGUGAGUUCAAACCGUAGUUUAAAAAAUAUAUUUUUUUUUUCAAGUUUCGGAGUAAUUUUUAUGCUGCUCUAAUGUCGUUAUGUUUUCACUUCAACAAGCUCAUAAAAAAAUUCAGUUUUUUUAUCUGACUUGAAAUAAAUUCCAUAUUAUCAAUACUCAGUUUGCAAAAAAUUGUAGCCCUUGGAGAAAAAGAUCAUUGGAAAAAAAUUGAAAAAGAAGAAAGGUAGAAGCCCUGAAACUUUGAUGCAUGUAAUCUGUCUGAAAGUUCAGACUCCUGUCUUUAAAAAAAUUCCGGACGGAAAUCCGUUUUCCGGCUCUGAUUAUUAAACACUUGUGUAUUUUCCCAUCAAGGACCAUUUUUGAUAGCACUAUUCCAGAUUUUUUGUACUAUCCGGGUUCCUCAUGACAAUGAUUUACGGGUCGAAAGAAAUCACAAAGGAAUCAACGAUCGAUUUUUAUUAUCGACGGGUAAAACGGAUAUUACCGCUGUAUCUAUUUGUUAUCUGUUGUGGUAGGUUCUUCUUGAAUGGUUCCAAAAAAUCAGUCGUUUCAGGGUUAAUAUUUGUCUGUUUCGGGUUCCCAUCAACGUUCUUUCCAAUAAAUGUCGAUUCGGCCAUAAAUUCAGUGAUAUUAUAUUCAAAUAUGGCACAUCACACGGCGAGGAACGAGUAUUUUGUAAUGGUAAGUAAAACAAAACUUUUAAUUAGCAUCUAGACUGUAAGUCACGGCGUUCUUGUCAGUGAAAGAAAAUGCAGAAGUUCGAGUAUGCGAUAGUGCGUCUCGGUGUGUUUACACCCUGAGCAUCAUAAUUUACGAGAAGUCUUGACUUGAGUAUUAAAAAACGCCGUGAAGUGCGCACAUUUCUCUUUAUUUGAGUUCUAGUUAUAUUGUAGAAAAUUUUUUCAGCGAUCCCUGAAUAAAUAACAGCUAGAAAACAAAUUGAUUCAUGAUACAUCUCGAUUUCGCUUUCUGCGCGUCACUUUUUGUGUAUUGUGUGCACUGCGUACAAAACAUUUUAUUUUCGGCGCAUUUGGUGUCGCCAUGAGUGCACAUUGUAUGCUUAAAAAACAACAAAAAGUCAUGAGAUUUUGAGAGCUCCCAAAAAGUUUUCCAGUUGCGACAAGCCGAAGACGUCUUCACCCACACAUGGUCUCUCUGUGUGGAGAUGCAGUUCUACGUGCUCGCGCCCCUGUUCUUCCUCGUCUUGUCCCUUUUACAGUCCGACUGGCUGUCCAGCACCGUAUACCUAUGGGCGAUCCUAGCCGCUUCUCUGGUCUUCCAUUUGGUCGCAGAUGCUCACACCUCCUUCAACAAGUUGGUUCUGAUUAUUCGUCAUAAAGACGUAUAAAACAGGCUUGGGAAAUUUUCAGCGUUCUUUGCCGUAUUUGGCAGUUCACCAUGGGUUGCAUGGCCUUUUUCGUAUCCGAUUAUUUAUUAACCAUCGAUACGAAGCCGAUGGGUUACGACCAGGCGAAUCUCCUGGACUCUGAAGCUGAGGAGGACAAAGAAGAUGGUGAUUUUUCCGAUGUAAUUAUUUUCUAUCCAGUCUCCCAGCUGAAAUCUAUUCAUUUUGAGAAUAAAGUUCAGAUGUGGAAGACUUGGAGCUGAACCGCCCGCCUCCAAAGCCAGAACAACGUCUUCCACGGUUCCCCUUUCACGUCAUCCAUUUUUGCUCGCUAGUCAUAAUGCUUUUUUGUGCAUUUUCUACAACCACCAUACCACCACCAAUAACUCGAAUCGUAAGUUAGUGACCAACCAAUCAUUGACUUGAGAAAAGAGGAUCAGUCAAUAGUGUUCCUUUCGCAUAUCAGCUUUUUUCUUGACCUCCACGUAAAAAAGUCACUGGCAUAUGCAAAAGUGGUUCGGGAGGCCGAUACAGUACCGGGAAGCGACCGUUAGUGAGGAAGCCACCGGGUUACUUAUUAGCUACUUACACAGGCGAAUCGAGAAGGUACCAUAAUGUGUCCAUAAAGGUACCUCUCCAAAUGGAUCGUGAAGGCCCCGUAAUGUGUCCAUCGUGAGACCUCCAGCAUACUUUUUAGCUAUAUCUGAACCAUCUCGGAGGUACUUCAGAGUCUCUCCCAAGCCCCUCUCAUUUUGCUCGAAAUCCUCAGAGGAAUCCUUGAGGUACCAUCGUGAGACUUCUGAGACUGCGAGAUACAAAUCAGAGGGUCUCGCGACAUCCUUUCUCGGUUUGCCUAUGUACAUGGUACCGGAAGCAUGCGCCCCUCGGAGAUCCUACCCAGUAGCAUCGCGAUACCUCUCUGGUAGUAUCUAGGUACCAUAGUGGUAGCACCCGGUCGCAAAAAAACGAUCACCGACUACAACACGCCGAUUGACUUUGAAGUUACUACCCGGCACCUACUUGUACCGACCUCCCGAUUGACCAGUGUUAUAAUCCUCUCAAAACAGCUAUGAAUCGACUAUAUCCUAAAAUCAGAAGAGAAACAUUUAUUUCAGGCCACCACUCUAUUCACCGGCAUGUUGAUAGCUUGCGGCGGUCUGGUUUCAAGUCACGCCCUCCAGAACAAGUAUUUUUAUCUGUUUCACUUGGAAAGACAAAGAAAUUUCAGACACAUGGUGUACCUGGGCGACGUUUCCUACUGCCUUUACUUGGUCCAUUGGCCGAUCUACGUUUUCGUCAAGCAUUACAAAGAAGGCGACGUUCCAUGUAGGCUAUUUUUGAGAAUACAGUAGGGAGAACCACUUUUUUUCACGGUUUUGAGGGACUAUUUUAUUAUACGUCCUAGACUUUUUCAAAUUAAAAUUGGACUUUUACAGCUUACAUUCUGGCCAUCAUCGCUUCCUACACGAUCGCCGUCUUUUUGAGCGAGACAUUCGAAAAAUUCUACUUGAAGUUGUCAGCAAAGCCGAUUUUCGCCAUGAUCUUCGUCUUUUACUUAUUCGUUGCAUUGGCGGCUUUGCUCCAAGGUAUUUUUACCUUUAUUAGGAUUAUUGAACUUGAUAUCCGUUGCUUUGAAAUGCUCUUUGGGAAAACAAAAAUUCAAAACUUGAAAAGCCAUCGCAGUUGAUAUACAUCAGGCAAAAGUUGGGAAGUUCCUGCUUUCGGUUCCUCGGAAGGUGCUUGGAAGCUUUCCAGCAAGUGUUCUUCCACAUACCUUCUUAACACCUCUACUUAACAAAAAGCCUGCCGGAAGCCUUCCAGAUGCACUUCAGCUGGCUUCUGGCAGGCCAUUUUCACCUUCCAAAUACCUUCCGAACAAUUUCUAAAGGCCUUCUGAAGACCUUCUAGCUUUCAUUCACCUUCCAACCUCCUGCUGGAUACCUUCCCAGGGUUUUGCCUGAGCUGUCAAUUUUGCAGAGCCCAUAAUGAGCCAAGUUGAACGGCUAAAGUACGGAGCAGAAAAGGCGGUCAAUGUUUCGGAGGUCCAGAACAUAACAUUAGGUCAGUUAAAAGAAUGUUGAGUCUCACGCUCACUCAGAUUUCAGAAGAAGCAAUCAAAAUCAACAACAAAUGGGCUCGCGAGGAGUACAAAAUGCUCAUUUUGCAACAGUGUUUUCCCAACAAAAAUGAACACGGCUACUGUGAAUUCAACGUGAGUUUGAGCUUUUUUCUGACGGCGAGUAUUGUUUUUCUUUUGUUGCAGAAAACAACGUUGAACGGAAACUUGAACAUGUUCGUCUUGGGCAACAGUUACACGGCAAACCUAGCCGGACUGGUCUACGAGAACUUCAAGGAAAAGGCCAAGAAGAUGAGCAAAUUCAGUCAGAGCUGUCCGUUUGAAACUUGGAAACUAAUUCUCACAGAGAUGAAAACUUUCCAGAUUGUGAAGUUCUAACAAUCAAGGCUGGACGUUGCAAAGCGAUCAACAACGAUUAUUUGAAGCGUAUUAGCGAUGCGAAACCGGAAGUUCUUUUCAUAAUUGACAAGUAAUCAGCAAUGCUUUGAUAUUUCUGAUGAUGGAUAAUAUUUUAGACACGAUAAACUGAAUGAUCCAGUUCAAGCGCCGGUCGCCACCGACAAAAUCUUCCUGGAGGCCCUUUCUACACUUCAUGUCAGUUAUGAACAGUUUAUACAUAGGCAAAGUCGAAAGAACCCUUUACGGGCCCUUUGAGGGUCCGUUUUGGGUGCGAAUGGUUUCCAUUAAUUGUUCCUAAACGGGUGGCAACGGUUUCCUUUUUACUGCCUUUUUCCAUCCUUUCAUCGGCCUUCAUUCACCCUUUUUGGAACCUUUUGAGAAGGACGACAUUUUUGAAAUUGAGAAAAAUCUUCACCAGUGACUGUGUAUGAACCAAAAUGUGUAACAGUAACAAAAUAGAAAAUUAUCAAUGGCCGUUUAACACCCCUUUUUCACCCUUUUUUGAGGCUAUUCAGUCCACCCAGAAAGAAAGGCUUAAUAAAAGCCGCAAAACAGUAACCAUGUAGUAGUCAUUUUGCACCCGUUUUUCGCACUUCCGACUUUGGCAGUGUAGGGCUCAAAGGCCUUGAAAAUGUACAAGCUUCUUUCAGAAUCAUUUUUGAUUUAGAAAUACGAAUCAGUGGUGUCCAAGAAGAUUUAUAUGAUGGAUUCGAUUCCCCUGCCGGCCACUCGUUCCCUAACCGUUCUGGCAACUCUUCUGUCUCACAACGACACAAUCAACGAUGUAAAAACUCUUUGUAACCUGGGAAAUUUCUCAAAAACCAUUUACAGAAAGAAAUGAUGCAAGACCUGAAGUAUACGAACGGAAACUUGAGGCUGAAAGAGCUUGUUAGCAGGUGAACAUUUCGAAACUUAUCUGCAUUUUUUUAUAACCUAUCCCACGGAACUUCAAGAUAUUGAAAUCUCAAACCAAUUUCCAGGUGUCCCAAAUGUGAAUUGAUCAACACCUCGUCGUCGUUUUUCGCGGAUGGAGCCAUCAAAUUCUACGAUCACGAGACUAAUCUCGGUUAUUUCUUCGACGGCCAGCAUCUGACGCCAGCCGGCCAGAAACUGAUCAACCACGCGUUUGCUGACGCCGCCAAGACUCUCAAGUGA